UUUCAUAUGCAUUAUACAGGUGUCUAAAAUCAUACCACAUUUUGCAAUAGUGUCAUUCUUUUAAAAAUUUAAGCCCUGACUAUUUUCAGUUUUGCUUUCUUUUUCAUAUUGAAAUUGGAAAAAAGCAUGGAUCAAUUCCGCAGCCUCUUUCAGAAGCUUGAUACAGAUAAUGAUGGAUUUAUUAGCUUGGAUGAGCUGCAUAAGGCAAUGGAGAAUAUCGGAGUUGAGGCUGCUGAUGAAAAGGCUAAGGUCACAUUAAGUGCCUAUGACCGAAGUAAUGACAGCCAACUGGAUUAUGAAGAGUUUCUUAGCUACAUAAAGGACAGUGAAAAGAAGUGGAAAAUAAACUUCAAGUUAAUUGAUAAAAAUGACAGUGGAUUUAUUGACCAGGAAGAUAUUAUCCAUUUGUUUAAGGACAUAGGACUAAACAUAUCAAAAGCAAAUGCUGCGGAUAUAAUAAAAAAGAUGGAUGCAGAUGGUUCUAUGACUGUUGACUGGGACGAAUUUCUUCAUCACGUUGUCCUGAGUACAUCAAACAAUAUUGAAGAACUUGUUUCUUUUUGGAGACAAACAAUGGUGUUUGACGUUGGAGAAAGCUUGUCUAUGCCAAUGCAAUUCUCUCAAAAGGAGAUUGACUCAGGAGUUGCAACUCAACUAAUCAUCAUAGGGGGGAUUGCAGAUGUGGUGUCUAGGACUGUGACAGCACCAAUUGAUAGACUGAAAACCCAGUUACAGGUGGAUGUUUCUAGGGGAUUACUGUACAGGCUUCAACAGAUGAGAGCAGGUGGUUUGAAGUCUCUCUGGCAUGGAAAUGCAGCAAGUGUUAUGAAAGGCACACCACAGUCUGUAUUACAAUAUUUAAUAUACAAUAAGGUAAAACAUAUUGGCCAUGUGACAGAUGACCAAAUGAGUAUUUCUCAUAGAUUUGCACUUGGCUGUGUCUCAGGUGCUGCUGCUCAUACAGUAUUUUUUCCUGUAGAGGUUUUAAAAGUCAGGUUAAAUCUCCAGGAGUCUGGCACAUACACAGGACUCACUGGGUGCAUAAAGAGUGUUUUUAAAAAUGAAUCAUGGCGGUCCUUCUACAGAGGUUUCAGACCUAGUAUUAUGUGCAUGGUACCAUAUGCUGGCAUGGAGUGUGCUAUUAAUGAGACACUUGUAUCCUGGGCAAAAAGAAGACACUCAAAACCAAGCUUCUCUAUGCAGUUUUUCUACAGUUUUGCUUCAUUUGCCUGUGGCCAAAUAGCAUGCUAUCCUUUGGCACUGACCAGAACGCAACUGCAGGCUCAAGCAUCUCAACAGGAGAAUAAGAUGACUUCCAGUGUAUCUCAAAUACUGAAAAAUAUUUAUAUUCAGCAUGGAAUUAAAGGAUUAUACAGUGGCAUGGGGGCCAGUUUUGUCAGAGCAUUUCCGUGUGCAUGUUUAAAGCACAUAGUUAGUUCAAAUCUAGUCAUUUUAUUUCAUUUAAAUGUAUAGUAAAGCUUACUGGUGUAUUCUGUAAACAUACAAUAAGUGGAAUAGAAAAGCAUAGACCAAAAUAUAAAUAUUUCCAUAAUUUUGUUAUAUAUAUCCAGAUUUCCAUUUUUUCUG